CCUAAACAUGGCCGCCAACAAACGGUUAUGUCAGUUAGUGAUCCAUAAGUGCUUAUUUUAACGCAUUUCCAAGUCUUAAAAUACAAAACCAACUACGGACCAAUUUAUAAAUCAAACAAUAUUUCCAGUUUGUUGCUAAUUUGGAUAUUAUUUCAUCUUUUUGCAACUCGGUCGCCGCUUACGCUAGUUAGCGAGCUAGCUUUUACAUAGGGAACAAUGACAGCUACUUCAGCAGGGAGCUGCCUUACCGCGAAAGGACUGGACAUAAGUCUGGCUGCCCUGAAACGACAAGACCCCUACAUCAACAAUAUCGUGGACGUGGCCAGUCAGGUGGCUUUGUACACUUAUAACAACAGGUCAAAUGAAUGGGAGAAGACAGAGGUGGAAGGAACACUUUUUAUCUACACAAGGUUGGCAUCUCCCAGGCAUGGCUUCACCAUAAUGAACAGACUCCGCAUGGAGAAUUUGACAGAGCCAAUCACCAAGGACCUGGACUUUCAGCUCCAGGACCCCUUCCUGCUGUACCGCAAUGCACGCUUGGUUAUCCAUGGGAUUUGGUUCUAUGAUAAGGUGGAUUGUCAACGAAUUGCCCAGAGAAUGAAGAUUCUAACCCAUCAGGAGCAGGUCCUUGCUCAGUCUCAGGGCGGCUGGCUGUUACCAGCAGGAGUAGAAGGAAGAAGAGUUGUUGGGGGAGGGGGAAGAGGAAGAGGAAGAGGACAAGUUGUUGGAGGAAGAGGAGGAGAUGUUGGAGGAGGAGGUGGGAGUGGGAGUGGUGGAGGGGGCGGCGGAGGAGGAAGUGAAGGGAAGGCAGUCGACAUCAUCCAGAUGCUGACUAAAGCGCGAACAGAGUAUGACAAGGUAAAGUGUACUCCAGAGCCAAAGGAAAUUGGUGGCAGCAGUGUUCUAUAUGGAAACCCUAACCUGAUCAAACCGAUACCUGUUAAACCAAACACUCAGGACAGUGAAGGUGCUGAACCCAAAUCUCUCUCUCUGGCCACUUUGUUUGGUUCUCAGCAUCAACAUCACCACUCAUCCAAAACGGCCACAGCCACAGCAGAACCCGGGUCAGCAGCAGGGAAAGGCUCUCGCCCACCAGUAGCCCGCACGCUGACCUAUGAUGACACCCUGAUAAACUCUGGCAGAAGUGUUCACAGAUCAGAUGGAGGGAGCAGGGCAGUAACUGGGGAGGAUGAUCAUCAUCAGCAGGAGCUGCUGCAGCACUGUCCAGCCAUCCAGAAGCUCAUGCAGGGACAGAGAGGUGUCCUUCAGACCCUGUCUGAGUCCCCCGAGAACAGGCUGUGUGACAACGGGGUGCCAAUGGAUCAUCAUCACCACCAUCAUCAUCAUCAACAGCACCAUCAUCAUCACCAUCAACAGCAACAGCAACAGCUUCAACAACACGACCCAAUCAAAAAACUUUUCCAAGCUCAACUGCCUCCCCCUCCUUCCUCGUCCUCCUUCUCCCCUGCUGCUCCCUCUUUUUGCUCCAUCCCGCCUCCCCACCCUCUGCAGCAGCACCCCCACCUCACCUCAAAGUCCUUAAUGGUGGAUUCUGGGUCAUGUUCCCACCUUCAAGUUCAACAAAACCAGCAGCUGUUUUUCAGCCUUUCUAAGCCUCAAACAGACGGUGGGCACAACAUUAUGUCAUUAUCAGCUCUACAGAAAGCAGGUCUGUCUUGCCAGAUGCCUGGUGUGGUGUCUCCUCAUGAACUCCUCCAAAAGCUCCAGUUGGUUCAGCAGGAGCAAAGCUUGGCUUCCAGUGAAGCUCCUCGACACUGUCCCGGAUUGGCCCCUCGGUUCCUGGGAUCCACUCAGAGUCAAAGUGCCUGCUCUGUUGUGGGUCCAGGCCCAAAUCAGAUUGCAGCUACUGUAGGUCAAAAGGCUGCUCCGCAGUUGCCAGUCAUUUCUGAGACCAUCUCCCCCCAUCAGAUACCAGCCACUGUGGCCCCCAACCUGCUCCUCUCUCCCAGUGUGUUUUCUCAGGCAAAGUCUGGCAGUGGUUCAUCAGCAGUUGCUCAGGAGAACUGCCAUGAGGUGCCAGUUCUGUCCAGGUCCCAGCUCCAAGCCACACUGCUGCACCUGAUCCAGACUGAUGGCUCAUUCCUGGACACCAUCCAUAAGACCUACGUCAGCCGUUGUGCUAACAACUCCAGCACCAAGUACCAAUGACUCUUGACACCCCCUGUCUAUACAUACUGUCCAGAGCAGUAAUAUGGAUGUACAACUUUUUCUUACACGCACGCAACCUGACUCCCUUCACUUCAAUUUAAGUGUCUCCACAUUUAAAAAAAAAAAAAAAAAAAAUGUUUUGUAUCCAUUUGAGGAAAUAAGAAACUUUUUUACCUUGUGAUGCUCAAAAAAAAUCUGAGGACCAUUUCUAUACUUGUAGUUCAGGGGAAAAUGUAGCCAAUACUGUACUUCACUCUCAAUGACAACAAAAUGAUCUGCUACCUCAGUCUCCCUGUACUGUUUUUUCAAGUGUUGCAGAAUUUAUUUUGUUUGUUUUAAAUUGUACAUAAAUGAACAAACAAGUCCUCCAAUUCUGAGAGCUCGUGCUCAAGAUAGGUUCAAACUAGUACAAAGUUUUCUGUACAUUUGGAAAAGAGUAUAUGUUUAAAUGUCAAGAGAAUUUUUUUAGACUUGAAUUUACAAUUCUUUUUUAAAUUAAACUAGAUUUUGCUUUCUGAAGGAAUUUUCAGUAAGAAUGUCUUACCCUUCAAAUGUUUAUCAAAAUAACGCUUUGCAAUUUUGACUUCUUUAUUUUUUAGCACAUGCUAGAUGUGAAAUCUACACUGUUAUUUUAGUUAACUUGGUUCAUUUGUGUUGUUCUCUAACACAUUUGCAGAAAGCUAAGUCUUCUUGAGUGUAUAUACAAUACAAUCCCAAUGUGUUUUUCAGAAAACAAGAAGGAAUAUCCGGUGCGUAGGAGACAAAGUCAUUGAACUUUUGCACUUUGUAAGUUAACUUAGUGAUCUGCUAAUUAUUUUAAUUACAUAUAAGUGUAAAAUGAUUUGGUCAAUCUGUCAAAUUGAAGAAACAAGGAAUUGGCCUGCACUACCUCACGGACAGUUAGUUUAGAGGUGCACCUGUGUUUUUACUUAGUAGUAGCAAAUACUUUUUGGAUACUUAUGCAAUUGGAAACUUGUCAGGAAUUUAUAGAUUUAGAAAUAGGCUAAUAAAACAACUCAUCAGAUGCUUUGUUGUUGGUGGUAUAUAGAAGUCAAUAAAUGAUUACUUGGUUAAAUUGUUUUAAAGCAGCAAAAAAGCAAAACAUAAGGACUCUGCACAUGCAUCCUGUUACAGACAAGUAUAGACAAAAAUAUAACAAUCACAUCAGAUCUGUUUUUCUAGAAAAAAACAGAUCUUUCAUGUUAACAAACACUCACUAAGUGCAAUAAAACAGUCAGUUUUAUUGAAAACAAAAACAACUCAUUUUCAGAAAAAAGAAAAUAUUUUUCUCCCUAUUUUUCUACUGAAGAAUCCAAAUGUAUUAUUCUCAUAGUACAGAAAACUCUGUCAUGUUGCAUUAUAUGUUUAUUGACAGUCAUGUGACAGAUGCCAAAGUUUUAUUUAAAUUUAAAGAUGUCAUCCAUAAUCUUUUUCUAUACACAUCAUUCAAAUGUUGACGAAAACAGUUUUUGUUUUUCAGGAAGAUUUUGCUUUCACAGAAACUGGAAUCUAUUUUAAUUGGAUAUUAAAUAUUCUCAUAUUG